AUGCCGCCAACGACUGUUUUAUCAAUUCGAGAGACACAUCGUCGGAAGCUGGACGGGCCGGAAGUGUACAAUGUGCACCCUGAAAGCGCCAGUGCAGAGAAGGCGUCUGUCAAUGUCAAGCCAGGCAAGCUCGAGGGCCUGCAGCAUGGCAUCCUCACCUAUGGCCUCAAGGAGAUUCUCGACAGCCUCAACGAACGGCCCAUAUACAGGAAGACCAUCUCACCACAGUCCUUUAUACGCUCCCUCGAGCGCGCAUUCGGUACUCGCGUGAGUCGUCAGCAGCAGGAUGCGCAGGAAUUCCUCCAAAUCGUCACCGAGCGCCUUUGCGACGAGUACCACGCAGGCGCCAAAGCCAGGCGGCGUGCCCUGCAGCUCGGUCUGGCUCGCCCCAAUGCAGAGACCGCCUCUACGCGAAGGGAGAUUGUGGAACAGUUUGGCGCUGCGCCUUCGAUAGUCGCGAGCGCCGGCUCUGGAGAUCCAGAAGCAGAAGAAGGUGAAGCAUCUCUUGCAAAUGAGGAAGGAUUUCCGUUCGAGGGCAAAAUCGAAUCGCAGAUAGAGUGCCUGACCUGCCACUUCAAGCCGAAACCAACCGUGUCGGAUUUUGUCACGUUGACCCUGAACGUACCGCAGUGUUCUUCCACGUCGCUCAACGAAUGCUUCGACGGUAUGCUCAAGAUGGAGUACAUUGAUGACUUCAAAUGCGAGUGGUGUCGCCUGGAGCAUGCUUUGAAGAGCAAGCAGCAGAAACUCUCCCGAACAACAGAUUCAGAAGUCCGACAGAGAUUACAGUCAGACAUCGCCAGACUCCAAAAGACCUUGGACGAGGAUCCUGAGCACCCACCCGAAGACAUUGAGCUACCAGACUCCAGCCAAGCGCCCAAACGGCGCAUAUCAAGACACAUGUACAUAUCACACUUCCCCAAAGUCAUUGCUGUACAUCUGUCGCGGUCCAUGUUUGCUGCUGGUACCGUGUCCACGAAGAAUCUGGCCAAGGUUUCGUUUCCUGAAGCUCUGCCACUGGGUGGCCUGCUACAUCGUAAGAACUACCGUCUGUUGGGAUUGGUCACCCACAAAGGCAGCCAUAACAGCGGUCACUAUGAGUCUUUCCGCCGCCAGGUGCAGCCCCUGCCUUUUUCGACGCCGACUUCUUUCGGCACAGAGGGUGCAUAUAGUCGUCAAGCAAGCCCCUACCCGUCUGCGGUCCCUUCAAUGGCACCGUCUGCGAUGCAAAGUCCACGAAUAUCAGCCACCCAUCUCCCUCAGAACAACAGUCACGGAUCACCCACCUCUCCGCCCCUUGAUUCACCAUCUAACCAAUCGCUGUCUUCUCAAGACUCUCUACCGUGCACACCCCGUGGCCUAGCUCCCACAUCAGCGCCACGCAUACAAUCAGACACCGAUUCUGUCCAAUUACCUCCUUCCUCUACAGGCACAGAACCACUGACCCGGACCAAGAGUAUCCGUUCCAUCAAGGACAAGGCGACGGAGAAGGCGACAUCGAUUGCGGAGUCGAAUCCGUUGAGUCGCAAGUCGAAGAAGACGACGAACAGAUGGUGGCGUAUCAGCGAUGACAAGAUCAAAGAGAGUAAGACGAGUGAGGUCUUGGGUAUGCAAAAGGAGGUCUAUCUGCUAUUCUACGAGCUAGAUCGAUCAUAG